CCUCAAGUGAAGACGGACUAGGCGCAAGAAUCUGUCGCUUCGACGAGCCGCCUGCCAUCUGCUGGUCGCCGUCGCCGUCGCCUGCGCGUCGCAGACAACAUGACGUCCGCCGUUACUCCUACCAAACCCCGUCAACCAGACCGUCAAAUGACCCCACCACCACAGCCUCCACCUCCCACUGCCAAUGCUGCUGUUGCUGCUGUAGCGGAUGGCCAUCAUCAUCAUCACCACCCGGCCUCGCCCCCUACCAAGCGGGAUCUGAAGUCGUGGUGGAAGAGGUUCCAAACUCAGUCUAAACAUCCGGAACCAGUAGAACCACGACCUCAAGGUAUUUUCGGCGUUCCUCUACGGCAAAGUAUUACCUACGCAAACGUCGCCAUCUCCCUUGUUGACGAAAAGGGAAAGAGCUACAUAUACGGCUAUGUUCCGAUUGUCGUGGCCAAGUGCGGCGUCUUUCUGAAGGAGAAAGCCACCAGUGUAGAGGGGAUUUUCCGCCUCAGCGGCUCCGAGAAGCGCAUCAAGGAGCUCAAGAUACAGUUCGACUCGCCCGACCGAUACGGAAAAGGCCUCGUGUGGGACGGGUAUACGGUCCACGAUGCCGCCAAUGUCCUUCGGCGGUACCUCAACGACCUCCCCGAACCCGUCGUACCGCUAGACCUUUACGAAAGAUUCCGAGAUCCGCUCCGGGGGCAUACGAAGCAGGCCGUCGGCGACACGGAGGGAACCCAGCUUGUCGACAAUUUCAACGAAAAUCGAGCUAUCGCCAAGUACCAGCAGUUGAUCAAGGACCUCCCUCCCCUGAACCGACAGCUGCUCCUCUACAUCCUUGACCUUCUCGCCGUCUUCGCAGCCAAGGCCGACGAAAAUCGGAUGACUGCUCAGAAUCUUGCCGCCAUCUUCCAGCCGGGGAUGCUGUCUCAUCCGCAACACGACAUGUCCCCCGAGGAAUACCGACUGAACCAAUGCGUCAUCAUCUUCCUGAUCGAAAAUCAGGACCACUUCUUAAUUGGUAUGCAAGGAACAGCAACGGAUGAGAAGACAAAACAAGAGAUUGAAAAGGGAACCCCGACUGUCGUGACACCUGCAACGCCGAGCCGCACCGGCACUGGCUUAGUAAGAUCGGCUUCGAGCGCGAGCGCGGGUGCGGAGAGUGUUAGCAGGGAUGGCAAGAUCCGGCGCAAUCGCUCGACUUCGUCACGACACUCGCUCCAUUCCAACGGCACGUCCACGCCUGGUAGUCCUUCGCUAACACCGAACAGUGGACUAGCGAGGAGCAACACGGUUCCGUCCAAGAAGUCCCCUCAUCUUCCCUCGGGCAGGUUUUCGUCUCGACAAGACUCGCCGGCCGUAGCGGUGGCCCCGGCCUCCCCUUCGCCCGUCGGGCCCACCCCCCCGGCGGUGACUGGAGAAAACUCGUACGCUCCCGAGCAACCGCGGGCAUCGACGCACCUCACCCCGAUGGCGGCAGUGCCACAUUCGGCCGGCAGGAGCCAGGAAAGGCUUCUCGGCCCGCCUAGCGAUACCGUGGCUUCGUUAAAGGAGAAGAACCUUCAGGGUUUGUUCCAGCGCGCACCGAUUCCGGACGGCGAAAGGCGACAGCCGAAUAAGCUCCGCAAGAAGCGAAUGCCCAGCAGCACCAACCCGAGCGCACAAAGUUCGACGGCUUCGCUACCACAUUCCGAGACGAUGUCUCCUGGCCACGAGCCCCCCAACUCGAUAGAAGAGAAGCCCUCACAUCUGGAAUCGACCCACGAAGAGAACGGCACUUUUGCGGAAACUCCCGAGGACAUGACUCCGCGAGCGUCGCAAGCGCCCUCUGCGAAUCCCGUUCCGGCCGAGGCGGAGAAGAGCAGCCACCGCAACGCCAGCAACGACGGUUGCAACAACAGCAACAACGGAAACCACAACAGCAACAACGGAAACCACAUCAAUAGCAGCAACGGCAAUCCCGAUACUCUCAAACCAAAAAGUUCACCGCCGACAUCGCUGCAUUCGUCCUUCAACGAAAGCUCCGACAUCGACCAAGUGGAGGAGAUGCCACCAGUCGCCUCGCCAGAUACGGCCGAGAGGGAGAAGAAACGCCGUUGGCGUAUAUCUCGUCGCAAGGAGGACAUCGCAGGCUCUCCGGGCUAUAAUCUGGGCACCAAUGUCCACGCGGAAACCAGCACGUCAUCUGUCGGGAGCGGGCAGAAGCCGAGAAAGAGCUGGACGGGAGAAUCCUCGGACGUGGCCGCAACCCUGGCGGAAAGCGAAGCCGGGAGCAGAGAGCGGGACGAAGUCAAGGGCCCGCUGGGGUGGAUCAAGAACAAAUAUCGAGAGGCCAAGGAGAACGCGGAGAUCAAGCGCACCAGAUCCCCUCCACCGAGGGAACCCGGCUUUCAAACACCGGGCGGGAAGAUGAUCGACAUCAAGGAGACCAUAGAUGAAAAGAUACCACCGGCGGUUCCUGCAGCUCUUGCUCCGGCUCCUCCCCCUGCCCCUGCUCCUGCUCCUGCUCCGGCUCCCGCCCCUAUUCAAGCUCCCGUUCCGGCACCGGAGCGACGUCACACACCAGCUCCUCAAGAUGUCCCGUUACCGCAAUCUCCGCCUUCAGCUCAUACCGCGCACCAUGAUAAACAGGCAAGCACUUAGGAGGACACUGCUAUGUCGAGAGGCGGAUCAUUUCCUUCGGAUAUGACAAUCAGGCUCGUUAAUUAGUUAGGUCCGGCCUGCCGCGUAGUUGGAAAACGCAGAGGAAUAGGAGAGGAAGUGGAAUUCUUUCACCUGGGGCGCUUGGUACUACGUGGCUAGAAUAGCUAGCAGGCCUUUUU